AUGCCCUGAGAACGCAGCCGGGACGCUGAGGCCCCGGGAUACGGUAGCUGAAUGACAUUCGCACGGGCCGCCGGCUAGACUGAAAUCUUGCAUCCCUCCCAAAAGCCUGGAGUCACGAGACAGGGGACGGGAUCUCGGAACUCUGGCCCUGGGCGCGCAGGGACGGUAUCGCUGUUCCUGGUGCUGAAACGCUGCGGUCGCGGAAGGGAGAGGCCGCCUGCUCCCAGGGUACCGCGCCGCAGCGGCUGCGGGAGCUGUCCAGUGCUGAACCGGAUGCGGCCGGCCCGCGGGGCUUAGACCCGAGCCUGCUGCACCCCGAGGAGACCGGACGGAGCUGACGCAGAGCGCAGGGAGAGCGGGGAACAGCGGGCUCCAAGCCGGGCAUGGACCUGCAGAGACUCGACUCCUACCAAGGGGGAGCCGGCCCUGACUUCCAUGAGCACGUCCUGCAUAAGACCAUCCUGGUGGGGGACAGCGGCGUGGGGAAGACAUCCCUGCUGGUUCAGUUCGACCAGGGCAAGUUCGUUCCGGGCUCCUUCUCAGCCACCGUGGGAAUCGGAUUCACAAACAAGGUGGUGACCGUGGAUGGUGUGAGGGUGAAGCUGCAGAUCUGGGACACCGCAGGGCAGGAGCGGUUCCGCAGCGUCACCCACGCUUACUACCGAGACGCCCAGGCCUUGCUCCUGUUGUACGACAUCACCAACAAAUCUUCCUUCGACAACAUCCGGGCCUGGCUCACUGAGAUUCACGAGUACGCCCAGAGGGAUGUGGUGAUCAUGCUUCUGGGCAACAAGGCAGAUGUGAGCAGUGAAAGGGUGAUCCGCUCAGAGGACGGAGAGAUGCUGGCCAGGGAAUAUGGAGUUCCCUUCAUGGAGACCAGCGCCAAGACGGGCAUGAAUGUGGAGCUAGCCUUUCUGGCCAUUGCCAAGGAGCUAAAAUACAGAGCCGGGCAGCAGGCGGAUGAGCCCAGCUUCCAGAUCCGAGACUACGUGGAGUCCCAGAAGAAGCGGCCCAGCUGCUGCUCCUUCCUGUGAAUCCCGAGGGUCUGAAAGGAAGCUCCAUGCAGCCUCCCCCUGCGCCCCCAGACCUGGCUUCUUCUGAGCGGCUGAGCCAGCGGGGAAAGAGUUGGGGGACCCACUGCACAGCCCCUCCAGACUCCUGCCCCUCCCCUAGCUCCUGGAGCUUCCCUGCGUCCGCAGGGGAGGGCGAAAUAUUUAUCUUUCAUUUUAAUGACACAUAACUUAAUCAAAAGGGCAUCAGAAAAACCAAGCCAGAGAGCUGGUGGUGGCCCUUUGGCCUUCUAGUACUAGCACUUAGGGGCCUGGGCCUCCCUCCUGACCACCGUGAGGGUGGUACUGCUCCAGCUGAGCACCAGGGGGCACUGAUGCACUUCUGGGGCAUAAAGGGAAGUAGUGACACCCCCCCCCCACCCCAAUCCUUCAGCUGGCAAGAGGCUGAGCAAACCCAGGCCUUCAUUUUCUCCAGCUCCCCAGAGAGCAAUCUUCCCCAAUAAAACAGAGCCCUUGUGCUGGGAGUCAGACCAAAGCCUCUGGAAGAUAAGAGAUGUGGGGAUUAGGCAAGAGACCUGGCUCCCUGUGGGGAGAUAGGAGAGGAGUAACAGAGAUUAGGUCUAUCUGUUUGGCUACCUCUGGGCUUACUGGCCCCCCUUCUGGGAGGUGUACCCCUUUUCCUCCAGCCCACAAACACAUGAAGGCACCUGGAAACACCUGGUUCCUGUUCUCUGAUCCUUAGAUCCCAGAGGAGCCCCUCCUGCCUGAAUCCCUGGCCUUAUCUUUCUACCUUUCCAUCUAUGUCUCCAGACACCUAAGGUUAUAGACAGGAAAAGGUUAUUCUGGUCCCAACUCUUUGGCAGGUAUGCAGCCCACAGGCUACUUCUUCGAGCAGCUCUAGUGCUUCUACUGGACAAAAGAGCCCAAUAAAGAGAAAGCAGAGAAAACCCUGAUCCUGGCGUAGGCAGGAGGCAGAAGUGAGCAAACCUCACGCCAUUGUGUAACCCCCAAACUCAAGUGCCGCCUCCUCCCUGACCUCCUUCAUUCCUUUUCUCUCAGACAGACAGACCCACGGACCUUAGAGCCCAAACUGCUUUAUCUCCCUUCCAACUGAGCCAGCUUAGGGAGUAAGAGGUCCUCCAUUUCCGGGUAAAUCAAUGCAUUGUAUGCAAAACAAGGUCUGGCUGGUAAGGUCUGGGUGGGGAGAGGGGCUGCAAGGAGUUUCUGUGGCGCCAAGGUCACAGGUCUCCCCAAGCCCUGACCCCAACCCUGGGACGAGGUCAGGAGCUGUGCAGAUUAUGACCUAGAGACACCUUUACUCCGGCUCUGUACACCAGGGGCCGGGAGAGGGGUGUGUAAGGUACGUACUGCCCAUUUCUCAGGCUGCUGCAUUUGCUUUCAAAGCAGAAAUCUUGCUCUUUGAGCAAAGUCAGCAGCUCCAACUCAGGCCGAUAAGGAAGCUCUCCAGGCGGAGCAGGGAGGAGCCUGACCUUGCAGGGUUCUUCUGGGGCCCAAGGCAGGUUGCAGGGAUCCAGUCACAUGGGCUGCUCUGAGCCUCUAGCAUUUGUGUUUUCCAGCAUUAAAUGGCAGUAUUUUGUGGAAAGUACACCCUGUCCACUGUUUCUUUGAGGUGGACAUGAUGUGGGGGUAGGGGGAGGGCGGGGGCAGUUCAUGUUGAAAGAAUCGUUGUUGCUUGUCACUAACUGCCAAAAUCAUUUGAUCCUCAUCCUUCAAUGUCCACCCCUCCCCCAAACUGGUCACCUCACCCUUAACAGACGGCCCCCAGCCUCUGUGACCAGCCUCUCAUGUGAAAGUAGGAGCUGAAAGAAGGUUUAUUAUCUCA